AUGGCCUACAGCUGCUGUUCUAGGAAGUCCUCCUCCUCCUGCUCCUUUAGGCGCUGCCUGUCUUCUUCAGGUUCCCCCUGUGGCUCUUCCUACCCCAGCAACCUGGUCUACACCACUACCAGUUGCUCUCCCAGCCCCUGCCAGGUGGAAUCCUCUGUGAACACUGGCUGUCAGGAGAUCUGCAUUGAGCCUACCAGCUGCCAGAGGUCCUGCGUGGUGUCCAGGCCCUGCCAGACAGUCUGCUAUUACCCGAGGACCUCCACAUUUUGCAGUCCCUGCCAGAGAACAUAUGCUGGGUCUCUGGGCUUUGGAUCCAGCAGCUGCCAUUCCCUGGGCUAUGGAUCUAGAAGCUGCUACUCAAGGGGCUGUGGAUCCAGUGGCUUCAGAUCUCUCAAUUGUGGGAUCUCUGGAUUCCCUUCCCUGUAUUAUGGGUCUAGAUUCUUCUACCCAGAAUACUUGGCUUCUACAACAUUCCAACCUUCUUGUGAUAGAUCAAUCUAUGGCAUUGCCUUCUAG